AUGGCCUCUAGUUCUAAUAUUGAUGCUUCAAAUUCUAGCGAUGAUGAAGCAUGGGAACAAAGCGUUGCCGAACAUAAUCGCCAACUUGAUCGCAUCAUUGAGGAUGUGGUCAUCCAUGCCGCAAGUCUAUCUGUACAACCUACCAAUCAUGCCGUUAGAGGAAGGAGACGGUAUAUUGAAAGAAGACGUGAGAUAGGCCAUGAAGGUGUGUUCGAGCAGUACUUUUCAGAAGAUCCAAUCUAUCCCCCAGAAUAUUUUCGAACAAGGUUUCGCAUGCGAAAGCCUUUGUUCGAACGUAUAAUGAACAAGCUCGUCGCCACCGAUAGAUUUUUUCAACAACACCCUGAUGCAGCUGGCCGUCUUGGUAUGUCUCCAAUUCAAAAAUGUACUGCGGCUAUGAGGGUGUUGGCAUAUGGCACCUCAGCCGAUUUGCAUGACGAAUACUUACGAAUGAGUGCCCAAGUCAUUCGUAAAUCAGUCAUCAAAUUUGUUGAAGGUGUCAUUUCCAAUUUCGGAGCUGAGUACCUCAGAAAGCCAACUGAAGAAGAUAUGGCAGCUCUUCUUCAUAUCGGAGAACGGCGAGGGUUCCCAGGCAUGAUGGGCAGUAUUGACUGUUUAAGAAAUGAUAUCAAUGUACUUGAUCAAUCGCCUGUUUUUGAUGAUAUCUUGGAAGGUCGAGCACCUAAGGUUAAUUAUAUCGUUAAUGGUCACGAAAGGAAUAUGGGAUACUAUCUCACUGAUGGUAUAUAUCCUCAAUGGGCGGCAUUUAUCAAAUCUAUUCCUGCUCCACAACUUCGAAAGCACCAGUUGUUUUCUCAACAUCAAGAGGCUGCCCGAAAAGAUGUUGAGCGAGCAUUUGGAGUUUUACAAGCGCGUUUUGCUUUUAUCAAGCGGCCAUGUCUUAUUUGGGAUCGUGAUAUUAUGGGAAAAAUAAUGAUUGCUUGCAUCAUCAUGCAUAAUAUGAUAGUGGAAGAUGAAAGAAGCACUUACCUUAACUAUCAUGAUCCUACAGAAUUCAUCGAAGAUCGACUAAGACAAAAUACUCGUCAAAGUGAAGAUGGAGAGGGAACUAAUGAUUUUGUAUACUCUACGAAUAAGAUUGCAAGCCUAGCGAGCUAUAUGAGAACUAGGUCCCAACUUCGCAAUAGAGAAGAUCACAGCUCUCUAUUACAUGACUUGAUCGAGCAUAUAUGGCAAAAGUUUGGAGAUGAUAAUUAA